AUGGGGGAGACCUCCCCCUUGACCAAGGCCGACAUCCUCCGCAUCUUUCCUGACAACGACGAGGCCGACGCCCCCCAGGAGAAGGGAGAGCCGCCCAUGAUCCCGACGAGGGGCCCGCCGACGCCUGCGGCGAAGAAGAGGAAGGAGGGGGCGGUGGUGCCGCUCGGCACCGGCCUGCCUGCUCCGGCUGCGUCUCCCUCCAUGGAGAAGGGCAGCGUUGGUGCUCAUGUCUCUCCAGCUCGGUCGUCCUCGCGAGGCCUGGGGGAGAAUCCUCAGGAGGAGUCAGCCCCCGUGGCCCCGCUGGCUCCGGAGGCACCAGCGUCUGGCUCGGCUGCUGAGGUCUCCAGGGCUCAGGAGCCCCCAGUCUCCCAGGCUAUGGUGAUGAUACCUUAUCCUCCUCCUCCCGCUGCACCGCUGCUCCCAAGUCCUUCCGCCUCCUCUGACGUCUUGGAGCGCGCUCUUUCUGAGAUGACCCGGCUGCGAGAAGAUCUUCAGGGCGCCGACCCCCUCCUGGUGGCUGGGCGCCUGGAGCUAGUCUCUGGCUAG